GCUCGAAAGAACCGCUUCGAACGUCUCGUCAUUAGCGCACAGAAUCACCGCUCAGACGCACAGGCAGAGAUUUUGAGCGGUCAUGUGGUCAUUUAAUCCCAUCACAAUAGAGCCCAAGCUGAUCGAAAAGUGACUACAGGGUAAAACAAGGAUUCAGUCUCAAUAACCAUACAUCGCUCUCAUGUUAAAACAAGACUAAUAUGAAAACCUUUUGGAAACUCGUGUUUUGUGUAACUAAAAUAAACAAUUAAAUGGUUCAAAGAUUGCACUGCAGCACCAGUGCUGUCACCAUGACAACGUUAAUGCUCGCACGGUCAGAUGUGCGCGCGAGAGAAGAGUGAGGCAAACACACAACAGACUCCUCCAAACUAAGGAUUUCUCUACAGUACACUACAAGGAGACCGACUGAGACAACGAUGGACCCAGCAAAAUAUCCAGAGGUUACUCUUGUGAUUGGGAAGGUCACUCACCACAGUAUUGAGCUGAGUUGGAUGAAUGAAGAGAAUAAACCUCGAAAAGGCCCUCCUGAAUGCUGGACCCGCUUCUCUGUGGAGCAGAUGGACCCCAAAACACACACAUACAGCACCGUAUACAUAGGGUACGGCACUCAUCAUCUUGUAGAGGGCUUGGAGUCCAGCACCUCCUAUAAUUUUAGGCUGAGGGUCACCAGAGCCUCAGGGGAGUGCAUCCUCAGCCCUGUGGUCUCUGUCUUCACCACCCGAGAGCCUUUCAGUGGGAAGAACCUCCACCAGGCUGUGAACAGGGAGGAUGAGGAGGAGCUGACCACAGUUCUGCAGUCAGGAAUGGUUGACGUGGAUGUUUAUGACAAAAUGGGGUUCACCGCUCUCAUGGUGGCAGCACAGAAAGGUUUCACUGGCUUAGUGGACAUUUUAGUGAAGCAUGGAGCUGAUAUUAACAAGAGAGACAGCACUGGAAAGGACAGUCUAAUGCAGGCCUGUUUUGCUGGUCACCUGAACACAGUGAAGUAUCUGCGUAACUGCGGCUCCACAUGGCAGUCCCGAGACACGGACGGCUGCACGCCGCUCCACUGGGCUGUGGAUGGAGGACACCUGCCUGUCAUUAAAUAUAUAAUCCAGGAUGGUUGUGAGGUGGAUGUGAUGGAUAAAGUGUCUCUCUGGACUCCUCUCAUGCGUGUGUCAGCCAUCAGUGGAAACGCUGCGGUCGCCUCCAUCCUCCUCCAGGCUGGAGCUGAUGUAAACGUCCGUGACAAAGCUGGCAAGACACCACUAAUGGUUGCUGUGCUGAAUAACCAUGUAGAGCUGGUGAAACUUCUGCUUGACAGUGGGGCAGAUCACCACAUGAAGAACGAGUAUGGAGCAGGUGCAGCGGAUAUGGCAAAAGCAUUUGGGAGACAGAGCAUCAUAAACUUGCUGGAUAAUAUAAGCUUGGAAGAUUCAAAUCGACUGACAUCAGCAGGACAGUUCUGUUAUGGAGACAAGAAAUGAUCUUUAUCUUACUGUCAUAUUUUACACAUUACAUUAAAAACAAGUUUUAUGUUUCUGUAGU